AGGUCCUCAUAAUUUAGCUAUGCAUUGAGUAUUUACACGUUUAUAGUUGAUAUUUUAAUAAUUUAUGUCUGCACAAAAUGCUCUCCACAAACCUGUUUUCAUUGAUUAUGCACCACCUUUGAUCAAACAGAAAGCAUGGGAGUUUUUCAAGAUUUCACGCACCCCUUCACAUUCCCUCCUCCACGUACGUUCAGACAUCCACCUUUAUUCACACGAUGAAGUUCCUUCCUUCCAGCAAGACAAUCCAUUCCUCACGCACGGGUAUCGGUCGUAUCUAUCGGCUAAACAAUGCUGUAAAAGUGUUUUAAUAAAGUCGAAUGAGUUGGUGAACAUAUGGACCCAUGGUGGGAUGUUUGUUUAUCUCUUCAUCUUGUUAUUCUACGACCAAUUCUAUCUUCUGUCUUCAUUAAAGGCAUCGGUGGCCGACCAUUUCAUAUUUCUCACUUUCUCUGUGUGUAGUCAGGCUUGCAUGUUAUGCUCCGCUGGUUACCACACGUUUAACUGUCACGUCCAUGAAAAAGUAGCCACACGUUGGUAUUCAGUUGACUUAGUUGGGAUUACUGUGGGAAUGCUGGGUUGUUAUAUGAUCGGACUUUACUAUGGUUUCUACUGUUUUAAUAUGACGAAACUCUUUUAUCAAGUGAUUGUUAUUUCUAUGAUUGUAGUUUCAAUCUCGCUCAUGAUUCAUCCAAAAUAUUUAUCAAAAAGAUGGCGAAACACUCGUAUACUCCAUCUCUCAAUGAUCACAAUCUCAGGUUUGCUUCCAACUUUACAUUGGUCCAUUGUAUCAACUGAAAUGGAAGUCAAGUUGUUUCUGUCCAGUGUUUUUAUAUUAUACGCCAUACUUGGAGUUGCUUUAAGUUUCUAUUUAUCUAAAUUUCCAGAAAGAUAUUUUCCAGGUCGCUUUAACUACAUUGGGCACAGCCAUAACUGGUGGCAUGUGUUUGUCGCUAUCUCUUUAUGGCACUGGAGGAACUUUGCAAUAAGCGUGCUUGCUUAUAGAUUAAACACUACCUGCCUCCAAACAUCUUAGCGUUGUUUAAUUUAUCUUAUCGUAAUCCAGUGUUUUAUUAACUGAAAAAGAAGCAAUCAAUAAAAUUGGCUUUUACCGAG